CUACAACCCUGGGCAAAUCACCAUCAGCAGAGUAAAUUUUGCAUUCGCUCAUCUUCACUUUUAGCUAGCCGCGGAGAAAAUUGAUCGAAUUUUGCGUGAUAAAGCCGCUAGAAAGUGCUGAUUGUGUGUGCUCUUAUAGGCUAAACGAUGGGUCUUUCGCACAGUAUUUCCGUCCCCGGUGGCGGCACCGAGGGUUACCAUGUCCUACGGGUCCAGGAUCAUUCCCCGGGGCAGAAGGCUGGUUUGGAGGCGUUCUUCGAUUUCAUCCUGGCGAUUGGGAACACUCGCCUGGAUCAGGACAACGACACCUUGAAAGAGCUUCUGAAGGCUAACAUCGACAAGGAGAUUCAGAUGACGGUCUUCAGCAGCAAAACGCAGAAUAUCCGGGUGGUCAACAUUAUGCCGAGUACGACCUGGGGUGGCCAGGGACUGUUGGGCGUGAGCAUAAGGUUCUGUUCGUUUGAGGGUGCCAAUGAGAACGUUUGGCACAUUUUGGAGGUGCAUCCGUCGUCGCCGGCUGAAGAGGCCGGAUUGAUUCCGUUUACGGAUUACAUCAUCGGAGCGGAUUCCAUCCUACACGAGAGCGAGGAUUUGUUCACGUUGAUCGAAUCCCACAAGGGAAGACCGCUGAAGAUGUACGUAUAUAACAUCGAUAGGGACGCCUGCCGGGAAGUGACCAUCACCCCGAAUGACAAAUGGGGCGGCGAGGGAAGCCUGGGAUGCGGAAUCGGCUACGGUUACCUGCAUCGAAUACCGAUUAGGGUAUUGCCGGCGGAUGCCAAAAUGGCAUCGCCAACGGGACCGGCUCUGACAACUCAAAGUAUGACCUCGGUUCCGACCUCGGUCCCAACAACGGAUCCCAACGCGGCCAACCGAUCCAUUCCCUUCAUACCGAUGGUGCCCCCGUUGGCGAAUACAUUUGCCUCCACGGCCGGAACGGUUCACACCGAUUUGCUGACCGUUUCCCAGACGGGAACGGUUGAUAGCACAACCACGGCACUGGCGAAUCAGUUUUCCACCAUGAGUACGGCAGAUCAGACCAAUAACAACCCCAGCCAUGCUGUGAGUGUUAACAAUAAUGUAACGCCAGCUUCGCCACCGAUCAGCGUAACGGAUUCGUAUUACACUCCGGCGGCGCAGGUGGCAUCGUCGUCCGCUGGCAAUGUUCCACCUUCCCCUGGUAUGGAUGUAGCCGCCACAAUGUCAUCCACGUCGACCACAAUCCCCAUGUACUCGCCACCUGCUCAGCCUCAGCCCUUCUCGGUUCCCAGUAUCCAACAACAGCAGCAAGCGAUGGUCAACUUGUCCUAUGCUCCCCAACCGGCCAAUCAAACCAAUGUCGUCUCGUCAACUAUGACCAUUCCGUCGGUAAAUCCGGGCGUGUUCACCUCCAACGUACCACCACCAUCGACCCUGGCCAGCGAUUUCUACCAAACCUAUGGAAACGCACCGACAAUGUCCGCUGCUGCAACUUCCCUGGCCAGCGCUUUCCAACCGACUAGUUUGUCGUAUUCAACGGGACCAGCCCAAUCGCAGUAUCACCCGCAGACGUACGCCGCCGGUCAGGCACCUGCACCGAUUCAGAUGUAUUCGACCUUCCCCCAGCAGGGCACCACCGCUAUCGACAUGGCCCAGGCACCGCCCCUGUUCCAACCGAGUGCCGUCACAACGCCCAUCUCCUUGCCCGGAAUGCCUCCCAUCACGGUGAACGCCACCAUCCCUCCGGAAGCCCUGCGGGGACUGCAGUUCGGCAACCAGCAGCCUGCAGCGCCAGCCACGGGAACUUCGCAGUAGAAUUUAGCCAAGUAAAGAAUCGAAACAGUCGAUUAUAUAGUGUACAUAAAGUGCGAACUGUUCUGUUUUUUUUUCUGGAGUUCCGCCGUGACGAGGGUGGUAAGUAUAUGUUGUCUUUGUGCUAUUUUAAAGCAGUUAAAAUAAUGCAUCAUUAUUGGGAGGAUAAAUUUCCCAAAAUAUUCAACGUCACUAUUUUUCAAAGAAGCUUUUUAAAAUUAUAAAAUUUUACUAUUUAGUGCAAUUGAUGCUAUUGUAUCAAGUACCCAAGGGAGGAUUUUUUCGGAUGCCUAUGAUUUUGAAGACGAAUUGAUAAGUUAAAACACUAGCGGAUAGCAUAGAGCGAGGAGUGAUAAGUUAUUGGAGGUAGGACUAAGUUGCAGGAGGCAUUUUUUUCUUUGUUAUAUAGUAUAAAACAGUAUCGUAAUAAAGAAAUCAUCAAUCAAAA